AUGGGUCGAAAACUCUUCCUUCGACACACUGAGUCGCUAAGCAAUGCGAUACUGUCGGACGAAGGCGAAGUGUCGUUCAGCUUUCAGCAUGGUUCACGCAUCUGUCGCCUCAAACUACUCGCUUCCGACCUCGGAGAAUACCCUGACGGCAACACUUGGUUUCUGUUCACCGACGACGAUGACGCCGACAAUAUCAUCACUAAUUCUUUUGAGCUCAUCACUCCACUGCUCUUCGGGAAGCCUAUCGCCGAUGCCAUAGAAGAGGUAGCUCAAGCACUCACAACAGCCAUCUCACAAGGUCAAUCGACACAUCCUAUAAGCGUUAACGAUUCCGAUGGUGGACAUGAUUCAGAGGAAGAGGAUGAGUACGAGUUCGAUGACGAUAACUUUGGUCUAAGUGAUCAUGAGGUUGAGCCAGCGCAGAACUUCGAUGUCACGAGCCGAGGUCGCACGAAGCAGUCCUCUGCGGGCUCGAGAGUCGACGCUAAAAAGAUCAGAGCAGACCUACUUGCUGCAAGGGAGGCCGGCUUCCGCGUUGGCGUCAUCGGCAACAUUGCGACUGGUGGCAUAGUCUGCGUUUCAGUCAGAGUGACGAAAGUCGGCAUUUCCGAGGAAGCCAUGCAGGCUUGGGGCUUGAAGCGAUCGCACUACUUCGUAUUGAUGAUCCGCUUCCCACAUGGCUACCGAGAUGCCUCCCAGAUUCGAGGAGAGAACGCAUCCACCAACUUGACAGAUAUGCGAGUAGCACUGUGCAACAACUACAAGCCAUCGAGAGACGAAGCCUUCGCCGCCUUCGGACAGACAACCACUGUCAAUACGACCGUCUCUGCAUCGUCCCGUCUGGAGCCUCUCUUCAUCGGUACACCGCUAAAUGAACUCUUGCGAGAUCGCUUCGCCAAGAUCAUCGAGUUCAGAGAGUCAUGCGCUUUUAAUUGGCCAUCUGCGGAAGCCUUUGUCCACGAGAUCCAGGGCAAGUUGAAUAUCAACGACAUCAAGAUGGAUGAGUAUUAUCUUCCAGACGAUGACAAUGCCAAGAUGCUACCUGCCAUGGUGAAAGCAGACGCGAUGGAUGGCCAUCUGCUCAAAGACGUGUCAUUCCCAUUGCUUGCCAUGCAAUUUGCUUUGCGUCAUUUUGUGCGAUGUACAGAGUUCUGUCUCACCGUUGUGCCUCUAUCAGUACAUGGCCCUUGGGUUCGGUCCGAGCAUCGAAUGGGAAUUACUCUCUCAGCCUACGUGGUAGACCUUCUGGUCAGCUUCUGCUAUGCUGCCGCGAAACAGAGCAGACUCAGAGAGUUCCCUGUCGGCAUUGGCCUGAAGGUCCCUCUAUUGCCUCACUACACGACACCGCUACAACAAGCCUCGCGCUACUCCUAUGAUGCUCAACCGACUUCAUCCAAUUCGAAGACGACCGUCUCGAAACCACUAUUCAGUGCGAGGCUGGACACUGUCAAGCAUGAGCUCCUACUCACUAAUGAUCAACAUCCAGAAGCCAAAUCACUCCGAGUGGGAGACUGGAUUGUCGCAACAUCGAGGGAGAUCGAAGGCUGCGAAUCGCACUACCGCGUACAGGAAGCCAUGUUCCCUACCUAUUCCCUCGGGAUGCCGGUGCUUCUGACCAAAAGCCAACAAACGACCUCUGCGUAUUCGCCGUAUCCGGUCCGGCCCGAUACACCUCUCAAUACAAGACCUUCGACUCCUGCAACUAAGCUGCCGCCUGGUCUAAUCGAAGUUGAGUGCUAUUGCUAUGAUGCAGAAUUCGACGAACUGGAACAGCAGCACAAGCAGCAUGCAAUUAUCACAUUACUUGACACGCUACCUGCUGUCGUUGACAUGCAACAGUACUUGCAAGCCCAAGAAAACAGUCAGGAACCGACACUCAGAACUUGGCGAACUCGAAUUUCUGAGUCCGCGCUCAACUUGCUUCGAUGGAUCAUAGCUUCGAACAGAUCUUGCAUCAUGCAGGUCGACACCUUGAAGAGUGAUGAUGGCCCGGAAGCCAUGCAAAUAUCCAGACCUGAUGAUCGUGUUGAUGGUAUGGACGGGUGGAUGCAAUUCAAGUUUGCUAUGGGCGCACCCGACAAGGAACAGAGAUUCAUCGACUCGAUCUCCAAGGAGACAGCGAAACAACAACACCCAACCUUGUUCGCUUGGCACGGUAGUCCCAUCAGUAAUUGGCAUUCGAUCAUUCGCCAGGGCCUCAACUACGAGGAGACCUUCCAUGGGCGGGCAUUUGGAAAUGGUGUCUACAUGGCGAACAAUCUUGCAACAAGUCUUGGUUACUCCCAUAAUUACGACCACCAGCUGUGGCCCAACAGCGUGCUGAAGGUCUCAAACGCGGUUUCUCUGCAGGAAGUUGUCAAUGCUCCGCAGAAGUUCGUGUCACAGACUCCUCACUACGUGGUCGCCGAUAUCGACUGGAUCCAAACGAGGUAUCUCUUCAUCAAAUCAUCAUUGACGCUUCCUAGCACGAGCAGCGCUUCUGUUGAUGAGUACAACCAGGACCAGGCCAGAAAAGCAUUGAACGAGCGCAGUCAGCCGAUCAAGCUGCCCAUAACGGCCGUCUCCAAGUCUCGUCGACCUGCUAUUGGUCAUGCUGUGACGAAGAUAGGCGACAAAAAGACGAGACAGUCCAUCACCAUCAGUCAAGCCAUGGCCGAACAGCUAGAGGACGAUGGCAACAGUGUCAUAUCUGACGAGGGAGAUCGCGCCUGGCUGUCGUCUGACAAUGAUGGCACGGAUGAUGAUCUUGUCGAGAUCCCCGAGGAGAUCUUUCUGGCGCCAAAGACGAAAAGCAGAGGCAGCUCGAAACGCCGCAAGCGAGACCAAAGCAUGGAACGCUCCAAGACCGACUUCAUACCAGGCACCCUUGAUGUGAGCAACAUCCGAUUUUUGAAGGCGCCAUCCAAUGCUAUACCGUCGGCAACCAAAGCCCUAAUGGCAUGGUUCAAGGAUGCGCUCAAAAUUCAGGAUUCGACACCCGCUCAUCGUCUUGGCUGGCACAUUGACCCAGAGCGCAUGGACAACAUGUAUCAAUGGAUUGUCGAGUUGCACUCCUUCGAUGCUAAGCUACCACUCGCCAAAGAUAUGAAGACGGCCGGAUUGACCUCCAUUGUACUCGAAAUGCGCUUCACCAACGAGUUUCCGUACGCCCCUCCGUUCAUCCGAGUGGUACGGCCUCGCUUCUUGCCCUUCAGCCAAGGCGGUGGCGGCCAUAUCACCGAAGGUGGCGCUUUCUGCAUGGAGUUGUUGACGAACAGCGGAUGGAUCCCGGUUACGACGUUUGAGGCUGUGAUGCUGCAACUUCGUAUGGUGCUAUCGGAGGAGGAACGUCCCGCGAGACUGCUCUACCGAAAUGGACCGUCUUCCAAGGAGAGUGCUUACGGUGUUGGUGAGGCGGUCGCUGCUUAUGAGCGACUCUGUCACACACAUGGUUGGAAGGUGCCUGAUGGAUUCAAGGACUUUAAUGCAGGUGACGCACGGGAGGCUUAUUGA